CCAAUGGGUGUGUCCUAGGAAAAGACGAAACUAGAAGGCGAUGAUACGUCGGCGUUUAAGUACAAAGACAUAUUUUGGUCGGACUACUAAAAGUACAAUCGAAACCAAGUUGGAUUUUGAGAACUUUGCUGAUCAAACCAUGAUCAAACCAAAAAGGACAGUGAAAUCAAAAAGAAAAUUAUAGUGAAAAAUAGUCAUAGGUGAAUUUUUUAGGCGAGAAUCAAAGUUCUCCAACCCCCGAAGGCCCAAGAUCUCUCUAUAACAAGCAAAACAAUAUUUUACAAAGAAAAAAAACAUCCACCCACCAGCAAAAUCAUCCAAGUGUCCAACUAACCCUCAAAAGUUCCUUCUCCUAUCCUUCGACCUUUAACCCAAAGUUCACCAAACACCAAUAGAACAAAUACAGGUCAAACCCAAUGCAAAAACCAGCCAUUGGCUACAUACCUUCAUCAAACCAAAACCCCACAAAAACUAGAUAGAUUCUAAAAGCCCCAUUUCACUCGUCAUCCCAUUCACCAAAAACCAAUGGCUUCCUUAACCCUCCACCUCUCCUCCCUUCACAACACCUCCACCACCCCUUUUAUCCUACGCAGCACUCCUCUUAACCUAAGCACCCCAACCCAGAAACCAUUCUGCAUCAGGUCCCAAUCUGCCCCAGUCCUUUCCCAAGAUAAUCUCAAAAAACUUGCAGCUGACAAAGCAGUUGAGUCAGUCAAGUCAGGCAUGAUCCUAGGCCUAGGAACAGGCUCAACAGCAGCAUUUGUGGUUGACAAACUAGGCCAACUCCUUUCCACAGGUCAACUUUCUAACAUCAUAGGAAUCCCGACCUCAAAAAGAACACAAGAACAAGCUGCAUCACUUAAAAUCCCUUUAUCUACCCUUGACUUGCAUCCCCAUAUUGACCUUGCUAUUGAUGGUGCUGAUGAAGUUGAUCCUAACCUUGACUUAGUUAAAGGCCGAGGUGGUGCACUUUUGCGUGAAAAAAUGGUUGAAGCAGCCUCAUCUUCCUUCAUUGUGGUAGCUGAUGAUAGUAAGCUUGUUUCAGGACUUGGAGGAAGUGGUUUAGCUAUGCCUGUUGAAGUUGUGCAGUUUUGUUGGAAAUAUAAUUUAGUUAGACUUGAAGGGUUGUUUAAAGAGUUGGGUUGUGAAGCAAAGUUGAGGUUAAUAGGGGAUGGUAGUGAAAAGCCUUAUGUUACCGAUAAUGGAAAUUACAUUGUGGAUUUGUAUUUUAAGAAUCUAAUCAAAGAUGGAUUUGGAGCUGGGAAAGAGAUUUCUGCCUUGGAAGGUGUAGUGGAACAUGGGUUGUUUUUAGGGAUGGCUACCUCUGUUAUUAUUGCUGGGAAGACUGGUGUGGAGGUUAUUACUAAGUGAUAAAAGAAAAGUGUGAGACAGAGGUGAGGUGGAAGUUUUAUUUUUGUUGUUUAUUAUUUGAUGUUUGUGGAGAUUUUAAUUUCUGUGGGGGGGAAUUUGUUGCAAAAAUUUUGGAUUUUGAUGUUGUGUAGAGUAAUUGAACAAUGUGGAAUAAUUGGGGAUUUUGGAAAUGAAAUUGAACUGGUUAAUGAUUGUGUUGUUUUUUUUUUUUUAAUUCUUGCAAUGAUCUAUUUAAUUUCCUUGUUGUGGUUGUUUCUGAAGUUCUUGGGUUAGAUUUGUUUAUGGAUUUCUUAUGUUGUUUGUUAUUUGAUGUUUGAGAUCAUUUGUAGGGUAAUUGUUGCAAAGUUUGGAUUAUUAAAUGUAUACUAUAGACUAGCUGUAGAAUGUGGAAUAAUUGGCACUUGGAAAUGGCCUGAAUUGCUUAAUGCUUAGUUAUAUGGUUUUUGGAAUGGCCUACUUUGAAUUUCAUGUUAAAUUGGGGCGUUUGUUUCCUAAUUUCUUAUAACUAGAAGUAAUGAAACAUUGAAUAUAUAAGCAACCCUAUGAACCCGGUAGCAUAUAACAGGACAUUUUCAGAGUGAAUCUGGUAGUAUCAUGCCUGAGAUUUGUUGGUAGUGCCAGCCUUUCCAUUAGUCAUCUAAGAAUGCAGAAUUGCAGACAGGGUGAACCUGUAAAUAAAGACACCUGACUUGGAAGUCUUAAACACUGUGCUUUGAGGCUGUAAUAGGUUCUUUGGUGACUAUUGUUGUGUAGGAAAUGUGGCAAUCGUCUCAUGGUUUGUAACUUGUUCUUAACUCUGUUUAUCAAUCCUGCUUUGGUUAAUUAACUGAGAAGAGUGAAUGAUCAAGGUAAAGAGUACUUAACCAGGAUCACAUUAUAUAAGCAUGUUAGGGUGUCUUGUCUUUUCUUUUGCUCCCCUCCUCUCUGGUGUCUCCCCCAAUUCCCAACCCCAUUCUCACCCACCACCUAGCAGUUCCUUUGUCUCUUUUGUCUUUCCCUUAACCGUUGGAGGGUAACUAGUUUUCUCACUAUCUCAGCAACUUUACAUAGGAGUGAUCUUUCUUUCGACACUAUUUUCAUUUGAAUUGACAUCUAUUAACGUUGGUCAUCGGCCACAUAUGAACAUCUAGCUCAGAAUCAGUUACAUUUACCUAGCCAAUUUGUAUCAUAGUGCAGUUUUAAUUUUUCCUUCUUUUGUUCUUAGCAUGAAUUCUGAGAGAAAAAAUGUUUGGGUCUUGGGAUGGGGCGUAUAGGAGCAGGUUUUGGUUGGGGACAAUAUAUUUGGUGCUUGAGACAAACUAGUUUAUUUACAAAUAACCAAAAAAGAAAAAGGUAUAACUAUAAUAUACAAAAAAUAACUGUAAUAGACAAUAGAGUUCUUUAACAGCAAUCAUCCCUCACUGAGCCCAACUUCUUUUAUUCACAUAUACAGACUGAAAAAACAUAGAAGAAUCAAAUCAAUAGUACUUCAUAUAUCUAAGUAUAACCGACGAUGACACUAUGACACUAUAAGCUGGUGAGCUGAGGGCCUGAUUUAUUGCACAUCCUACUUCCAUAGAACCAUAGCCAUGGACAUCAUCAAAAUGGCCGCCCAAUGAAGCUUCCCUGGCAAGAAUGUGCUAGCUGAAAAUAAGAUAGAGAGAAAGAAGGAUGAGAGUUUGAAACAGAACAAUUGUCAUUAUUUGUUGAGUCAAAUUUGUGUAUAAACUAAUGCAUUUUUGGCUUUUAUAUGAAGUCAUAUAUGAAAACCUUUAAGUCAAUUUGUACAAAUGUAAGCAAGCAUUUAAAAACACAAGUAGUCUGAAGUUGAAAAAAAUAGCUAACGUAAAACAAGGGUAAGUUGUUGAAAACAGAUCCUGGGUUUGACUUAUGUUCUCAAUUAAUACAUGCCAAUACAUGAUAGUAGCGCCUUCACUCAUCAGGCUUACUUUUAUAUGGUUUUCAUAAAUUUCUUUUGGGAUGUUGGAUAUGACUGGCAUUCGUGGUUUUGUAUUCUCUAUAACUGCUGCUAGUAUGUGUGCCUUAAAACUUCUAUUUUAUUAGAGAGUUUGCAUGGUAACUUCACCUUUUCCACCAGCUGGAGCUGGUGUUGAUUGUUGAUUUUGAACUGUAAUCCCAAGGCGGGAGCAAUCAGAUCCAAGUGUACCUUAGAAAUAAAAAGGCCAUGAGUUUGAUCAGUUUCUCUAAGUUUGUUGCUCUUAAUUGAACUUGAACAAUCGUGCACUAAAAUUUCGAGUUUGUGUUCUUACAUGGACUAUAGCAAGGGAAGUAUGUUUUGUUGAGAAGAUUGGAGAACCCAGGUUUGCAUUCACAUACAUGAUUGUACGUUGCUGUUUUGUUGCAUGUUCCUUCUCCGCAGUAAGCCCAGUAGCAAGCUAUCACAACAACCACAAAUAACAAAGGUAAAAGAACUGUUAGCAAAGAAGCUGAAAACUAUGACAGAUUUGGGGAUAAAAAAUGAUGGUUGAGAUGGCUGUCAAGGUGAUUACGAUCAUAGAAAGAUAUAUUCAGAGGAACUUCUUUCUGUGGUACUGGAGGAGGAGCUGGCUGGCAGGAGUAAUGAAGAGUACCUGAAAUAACCAGAAGCUUAGUUGAUCAACUUCCCAACUUGAAUAAUAUUCUGCUAUGUUUUGAAGAAACAGAUAAACGAGGGAAAAAAAAAAAAAAAAACUUACAGUUCGGAAUCACACA